AUGACAGAUGGGAAUAUCGAUAAUGAUAGCCGUGAUAGUCGUGUAGAUGAGUAUAGUGGCGUUGAAAGCGUACUUGAAGUACCACGCACGCUCAAGCAAUCAAUCAAAGCGUGGUGGAACUACACGGACGACGAUGGCUUGAAAUCACAGCACAGAAUGUUCUCUAAGCUGCCAUUUAAUAGGGUGAGCAAGGAUGACGCCGAUAAGCUCGAAGAACCUACGCGUGUGGCGUUCACUUCACUCGUAGAUAUCAGCCACCCGUCCUUCACAAAUCCCGUAAAGAUUAAUACGCUCGAAAUUGGUCAGUACCCAAAGCCCAGUGAUCAAGAUGAAGUUCCUAUUGUUUGUAGCCACGGAUACGCCGCAGCAACUUUCUUCUUCUUGAAUAAUCUACAAGCCUUAGGAUCCAUUCCUAAAACCAGAUUCUAUGGAAUGGAUGUCCUUGGAAUGGGAUUGAGUGAAAGGGUUAAAUUCCCAAACAUAUCUUCAUCACAACCCGUAGAAAAGCGGGUAGCGGCGGCCGAGGACUUUUUUACUGAUGCUUUAGAAGCCUGGAGAAAGGCUCAAGGUCUUAAUCGCAUGAUUCUGGUCGGUCAUAGUUUGGGUGGCUAUCUUAGCACAGUUUACGCGUUAAGAUACCCGCAACACGUAAGGAAACUGAUUCUCAUCUCGCCUAUUGGUUUCCCUAAUAAUCCCGAGAUCGCAACCCAGGAAUCUCUCAAUCAGGACCUUCAAGAGGCUCAAACUGAAACACGCUCGCAUGAAUUUUCUGAUGUGCCUGAAACACGUACGAGAAAGGCAAUGAAAGGACUAGUGAGGUACUUGUGGGAAGACAGAAACUUUAGUCCAUUUGAUAUUCUCCGGAAGAGCCUUUUUUUUGGACCAAUGCUUGUGAGCAGCUAUAGCCUGCGGAGGUUUAGUACGCUGUCAGAGGACUUGCAGAGAGAUCUGUAUCAUUACAUAUACGCUAUCAGUAUCAGAAAGGCGUCAUCAGAGUAUUCAAUCACGCAUUUACUAAGCUACGGUGCAUACGCGAGAUUACCGCUUAUUGAUAGAAUUGAACAUUUAGAUAAGAGGAUUCCGGUGACGUUCAUGCAUGGAUCAGUGGAUUGGGUGAGUGGAGGGCUAGAGGCGUUCAAUAAGAUGAAGGAGAUGGGAUUUCAAGUAAAAUAUGAGGAGACGCCAAAAGCAGGACAUCAUCUGUAUUUGGAUAAUCCAGAGGACUUUAACAGGUUCAUUGUGAAGGAUAUUGAGGGAUCGCUCUGA